GCGGCAGUGGCGGAAAGAUUUUUUUCUCCACCUUGACUGAGCUUCAUGGUGACAGGUACAGUUCUCCACAAACAUCAUUUCCAAGUUGCAUUUUCAAAUGCUGAUAUGGCAGGUGAAAGGCACCAUGGCCCCCAAAGUCCGAGAAAAAAGAAUGCCCCAAAAUACCUCCAAUGAUUCCAUUAAUAUUUUUUGAAAGCAAUGUUGGUAGGUUGCUUAUGCAAAUGUUUUCGCAAAUUUAAAAAAAAAAGUGUUUUUGUUUGUUAGUUUGUUUUUUACGCAUACUUUAACGCCCUUGACAAAUCUUAUCUCUGAUUGGCCAAUUGUGGCCACAUGACAAAGUCUACUCGUGUUACGCGCGUGUUGAAGUUUACGGAAGUACCAGCGCUGUUCCGUGGCGAUCUUUUCAAAGUAAGUUACUUUCCUAAUAGUGCGUGGCUUUUUGGAAUUAUUUUUUAACUAUUGGUCGUGUUUCGUGGGUUGAGUGUCUGAUAUAGGUGUUUUAAUUUGAUUAUUCUUUUAUAAGUGUGAGUAUUUCAACAACAGAGAGGGGCGAUAGCAAAACUGAGCUUUUAUUUUGAGGAAAGCCCACAUGCUUGGUCUUAGUGAAGUUGUGCAAGGUUUUUCUCGCGGCUGUCAAAUGACAUAUUUGUACUGCGCCAAACCAAAAUAUGUUUGGGGAACAUUUGCAAGCUUUCCGUCAAGCCGUACGCUAGUUAACGCAAAGCGAUGUCAACGUGGCGCAGCCUGUGUGCAAAUGUGCGGACGCUCCGGGUUCUGCUCACCUUCAGACGGGUCGCUCCGGACCCCAGGCGGCCGUGUGGACUCGUAGCGUCACGCCGAAGCCUGAGCACCGGGACGCCGCUGCGGAAUGAUUUCUUUAAAGACCUGGAGGCCAAGCUGGCCGCCACGAGGAAGAAGGCGAGGGACGCCCUGCCGGGCAGCGCCUGGAGCCCCCUGCACAUUAACCCCAACUUGCCCCCGGAGAGGACCGACAUCGUGAUCGUCGGGGGCGGCGUGGUGGGCUGGGCCGUCGCCUACUGGCUCAAGAAGAAGGAGGGCAUCCGCGGAGGGCUCAAAGUCGUCGUGGUGGAGAAGGACACCACGUACUCGCGGGCAUCCACGGUGUUGUCGGCCGGGGGGAUCCGCCAGCAGUUCUCCCUGCUGGAAAACAUCAGCCUGUCCAUGGCCUCCGCCGACUUCCUGAGGAACAUCAACGAGCACUUGGGCGUGCUGAACGAGGACCCGGUGGACGUGCAGUUCAACCAGGCGGGGUACCUGUUGCUGGCCAGUGACAAGGCGGCGCACAUCAUGGAGGACAACUACCACACCCAGCGGGCGGCGGGAGCCCAAGUGUCACUUCUCUCGCCGACGCAACUGAAAGAGACAUUUCCCUGGAUGAACACAGAAGAUGUGGCACUUGCUUCAUACGGUGUGGAAAACGAGGGCUGGUUCGACCCGUGGACGCUGCUGAACGCCUUGAGGAGGAAGGCCAUCUCCAUGGGCGUCGUCCAGUGCUGCGGAGAAGUCACCGGGUUUAAAUAUUCAUCCAACGAGGUCAUGACGGAGGACGGCCAACGUUUGGAGUUGAGGAGGAUCAAAUCCGUUCAAGUGCAGAUGCCCAACAGUUUGGAGUUCCAGCCCGUGGAGUGCGCCGUGGCGGUGAACGCGGCCGGGGCCUUCUCGGCAAAACUGGCCCACAUGCUGGGAGCGGGACUCGGACCCGAGGACACCCUGGCCGGAAUCCCGAUCCCCGUCGAGCCCAGGAAAAGGUUCAUCUACGUCUUCCACUGUCCCGACGGGCCCGGUCUGGACACGCCCUUCCUUGUCGACCAAUCGGGCGUGUACUUCAGGAGGGAGGGCUUCGGGGGGAACUACAUCGCGGGCAGGUCGCCGGACCAGGGAGAGGAGCCGGAUGUGGCCAAUCUGGAUGUGGACCACCAGUUUUUCCAGGACAAAAUUUGGCCCGAACUGGCGCACCGUGUUCCCGCUUUCGAAAAACUGAAGGUGACGAGCGCCUGGGCGGGCUACUACGACUACAACACGCUGGACCAGAACGGCAUCGUGGGCACGCACCCGCUGGUCAGCAACAUGUACUUCGCCACGGGCUUCAGCGGCCACGGCCUGCAGCACUCGCCCGCCGUGGGCCGCGCCGUCGCCGAGCUCAUCCUGGACGGCGGCUUCAGCACGGUAGACCUGAGCCGACUCGGCUUCCGCCGCAUCGCCGACCGGGAGCCCGUGUUGGAGAGGAACAUCGUGUAGAGGCCGGACCUUCUUUUGGUCCUCGCUAGGGUUCGGGAAAGGGUGCGAAUGGGUUGGCCUCACAGACUGAGAGAUUUGUUGGCUUUUGGGACUUCGACCACGAUUCCCUUUUCUUUUUUUUUUUUCUUUUUUUUUUUCCCCCAGUUUGUUUCUGUUGUUUACUGACCUCAGUUUUUGGAUAGAAUUGCAAGCAAUAUGAUCUGAAUGAAUGUCCAAUAUGCCACAAUUUCAGUCAAAACAAGUAUCCAGAAGAAGUAACAAUUGACGGAAAUUGCCAAAAUAUAAAUAUUGCAGCCUUGAAACUUGAAAUCACUCUCUUGCAAAAUGAGAAAAAUGGAGUUACCCCACUCGAGUUCUCAGUGGCUUGUUUCCAAAAGCUGCCCUUUGUUUUGUUCUUGUUCUUUGUCAUGCUAAUGUGAUGGCAGGUUUGAAGAGGGGGAAUGAAAGGGGGAGGCGUCCGUGGCGCAAUUGAGGGAUUUCUUUAAUGCCGUUCUCAUGGCAGAACCACCAACUAACCCCACUCGGGCUCCCUUGAACGGGGGAGUAGAAAAAAAUAUUUUCUCCCAGAUCUACCGUUUCUAUGACAUGACAUUAUUUUAGGUGAUGAUGAUGCCGCAGGGAAAGGGGGUUGGGGGGGGGGGGGGGGGCACGCCACGCCCACCCUCCCCCCACUGUGGCUGUUGUGCA